AAUGAGCUGAAGAUGCUGCAGUGAUGCAACUUCCUCUUUAACGUGGGUGGAGCUUGAAGGAUGAAGACAGACUAAAACCAGAUAUCUCUCAAUUUUCACAUGAGUGUUUUUUUUAAAAAGAGAAGUUGGUUAUUUGUGCUGCUGCUCAUCAACAGAGAAUCUACUAGUUAUCUGUUCCUAAAACUAUACGGCUUCGACUUGCUCCAACACAAGAGAUGAAGGAGGAAUGUGGGAGUUUCAUGGCGGCCCUGUCUGCGAACGUGGUGACAGUCAACAUGUUACUGAGUGUCUUCUUCCUUUCAGGUGUUUUUGCUGAUUGUGAUAAUAGCAAAAUGCAUCUCUUCAUCACUGCACCAAAGCAGAUGGAAGCACUGAGUGGAUCUUGUUUGCAAAUCCCAUGUAGCUUUAGUGUUAAAACAGGACACGAACUGAACAACCCAGGAAGUAUCUACGGAGUGUGGAUGAAAAACUGGGUGGAUUUUGCUCGAACUCCAUGCAUUGUUAUUUUCAACAGCAGCACGUCAGAAAACGUCUAUCCAGUGGAAAUUAUUGGAAACUUGCAACAGAAAAACUGCACCACUUUGUUCUCUAGUUUAACCACAAGUCAUACAGACAGAUACUUCUUCAGGAUUGAGAACAAACUGUUCAAGGCAACAGCUGACUGUGAUCCUCUUAAUAUAACAGUUAAAGAUUCUCCUCAGAGACCCAGAAUAAAAAUCUCAGGUGAUGUGAAGGACCUGAAGGAGAAGGAGUCUGUCACUAUAACCUGCUCAGCCUUCACUCCCUGUCCACACUCCCCUCCUGAACUCACCUGGAAUCUCCAACAAGACUCUCACAGACAAACAGAGGAAAACACAGAUGGAACCUUUACAACUAAAAUCCAGCAGAACAUCACUCUGUCACACACACAUGAUGGAUACACCAUCACAUGUUCUGCCAGAUAUCCUGUGGAUGGAGGAAACCGUGUGAAGACAUCAGAGACAGAAGAGACUCUCAGUGUUUCAUAUGCUCCUAAAGACACCUCAGCAUCCAUCAGUCCAUCAGGUUUGGUGUCAGCAGGUAGCUGGGUGAAGCUGAGCUGCUCCAGCAGAGCCAAGCCUCCCGUCAGCAGCUUCACCUGGUUCAAGAUCAGCACAGAGGGACCCGUUAAUGUGUCUGAGGGACGGUUUACACAGUUAACAUCACCAACAUGGCAGAUAUAGAAAGUUACUUCUGUGUGGCUGCAAAUAUUCUCGGGAUUCAGACGUCAUCAUGGUUUCAUUUGAAAAAUUUAAUUUCUUUCUUUAUUUCGAGCCACAGGAAUUGUAAAACAAUAUGU